AUGGACUUUGGAAAGGAAUUUGGAACAAAUCCAAAAUUAAUUUUCCAACCUUCCUCAACCUUUAUCAACAAUAUAGAAAAACAAAAAGUAUGGGAGGAACAAAUUAACGAAGAUUUAUUGCCCAUAGAAAUUAGAAGGCAAAAGGAAGGAAUACCUAAAAAUUGUUUUUGUGGCUUUGAUGUGAACAAAUUUUAUAAGAAAAUUGAAACUAAAGUUUUUGGACAAUUUGUUGUUUUUGUGCCUGUUUGUUCAUCGACUAUGAAUAUUGCGGAUAGUUUUUCAAAAGCUUUCCCAACAGUCGAUGGUUUUGUAGUGGUUACCGGGUGUCAAACAGCUGGAAGAGAUAAUUAUUUUUAUUUUUUAAAAAAUAUUUUUAUUAAUUUUUAA